UUCAAGAAGGAGUGGUCUUCGCAGGAUUCGGUCUCGUCGGAGUCUUCGCAGGAUUCGGUCUCGUCGGAGUCUGCAGAUUCGGGUGUUGCCCCAGAUUCCCCCAUCGUGACAGAUGUGGAGAUCUUUGAAGACGUAUUUGAGAAGGCAGUAUUGGAGUCUGGGAGAGUCCUCAACAGUGACUCCUUCCCCAUAAGAAGAAUCAACUCCUUGCCGGAGAGGCGCCUGGGCGCCAGCCCGCUUCUGCGGAACAUCUCAAAUUCCAAGGAGUUCAACGGCUCCCCCGAGGACUGCCGGGCCUUGAGGCUCAAAGGCAACACAGAAAACGAAGGCGUCUUUAAGAAGCCCCUGAGGCCACCAAGCAGGCUGUACUCUGCUGGUGAGAAGGCCCCGUUUGCACAAAGGCCGAGCUCUGCCCCAGACCUCAUGUAUUGCAGCCCUCAGAAAGAAAACAUGAGCCCAGGGGAGGAAAGCCCCGUCUGCCUGCGCCGGUCUUCCUUGACCUCCUUCAUGACUGAUGAAGAGGAUGAUGGGUUUAUGGAUAUUAUGGACGAAGAAGAGCUGAAGAGUGACACGGCUGUCCCGUUGGGUAUGGAGAACCUGCUGAAGGCUCCGCUGGUGAGAGACAAGGAAGAAUUUAGCCCGGCCCUGAGGUGUGCCAGCAAAUGCCGCCGCCUCUUCCGCUCCCCGUCCAUGCCGAGCAGCGUCAUCCGGCCCAUUCUGAAGCGCUUGGACCGACCUCAGGACAGAGACACACCGGUGAAAACCAAGAGACGGAAGAGUCUGGCGGGAAGCACCAUUCCGGAGAAGGCGGAAGAGCCGGUAGGGAUGGAGGAGAAGCCACGGCUGGUGCGCUCCAAGUCCUGCUGCCCCAGUGAGAUUGAGAACAUCUUGGACAAUGAUAACAGGGAAAUGAUUGGCGACUUUUCAAAGGCAUAUCUCCUACAGACGGUGGAGGGGAAGCAUCAAGAUCUCAAGUACAUCUCUCCAGAAAUGAUGGUGGCCGUGUUGAACGGGCACUUCAGCAGCGUCAUUGAGAGCUGUGUGAUUGUGGACUGCAGAUACCCGUACGAAUACGAAGGAGGACACAUAAAGGGCGCAAUCAACCUCCCCCUGGAGAAGGACGUAGAGGACUUUCUGCUCAAGAAACCAAUUGUGCCCUUCGACGCAGCCAAGAGGGUGAUUGUGGUUUUCCACUGCGAGUUCUCCUCGGAGAGGGGCCCCAGAAUGUGCCGUUUUGUUAGAGAAAAAGACCGAGCGUGCAACGACUACCCGUCUCUGCACUAUCCCGAGAUGUACAUCUUGAAAGGAGGCUAUAAAGAAUUCUUUCCCCAGUACCAAAUGCACUGUGACCCCCAGAACUACCGCCCGAUGCACCACAAGGACUUCAAAGAGGACCUGCGCCGAUUCCGCCUCAAGAGCCGCACGUGGGCUGGCGAGAAGAGCAAGCGGGAGCUCUAUAACCGGCUCCAGAACAGCUAGGA